GCCCUCUCAGUCGCUCUCACUCUCUCUCUGGCUUUGCCGCACGCAUGUUUCAGUCGAGUAGUAAUGUGUGAAGGUAAACGACUUGGAGGACAGUUUGUGCCUGUGUGGAACAGGUUGAUGGGCCCACAAUGUGCGUGAGACAUGACCAACAAGGCCCCCUGGGAUAACUCGAGCAGUGCGUACAGCAUGGAGCCAACAGCUGGCUGCUCCCCCACGGUUCCAGAGCCAGAGCUCUACCGCAGCAUCCAGGCUGUGCUGCCCAGAGACACAGAUACGCAGCAGCCGCCCGACCACGGCAACAAAGGAAUGCUGAGGUGGACACUUCAUAAGAAGGUUCAAAACAAUCCUGGCAACAGCCUGUCUCUGGUGUGGGUCCUGAUAAAAGAGCUGGAAAAGGCUGAAAGAUGGGACUCUCGCAAAUUCAUCAUUCCUUUGCUCCACACGCUGAUGUAUGCCGUCUUUCAGACAGCCUACAUUCCAGAUGAACUUUACAAGCGGAUGUACGACUUCUGCAAGAGACUACUGACCUAUCCUCAUCCGUACUGCACCGUAGGCCUCAGCUACACGAGGCAGAUAAAAGCCGAACGCUUCAUUCCAGGUCUGAUGUACCAGAGGAUGGUCACAGCUGAGCAGAGACUAAAAAAUGAGCACUAUCCCUUUCAGGAGAGGGUUUUCAUUUUGGCUGACCCCAAAGUCUUCUCUGACUCCUUGAUACACGUCCUGCAGGAGGAUUUUGAGGCAUCAGGUGGAUUUGUAAAUCCAUCAGAUCACAUGCGCAGCGUGAUCCAGCACUCCUUACAGGCUGCUUUAGGAGCAGAUCAGUGCCAUGGACCCAAACUGGCUCAGGCCCUAAAGGACAUGGGCGAAGACAUCGAGCGGUACUUUCAGGAAGUGUUGGCGACUCUGGAGCAGAGCUUGGAGGAGGGCGGCAGGGCGGAGGGGGCCGCGCUGAGGAGCCGCCUUCGCCGACUGUACGGCGACAUCGUCACCGACGCCGACUCAGAGCCAUUGUCUGCUGCGCCGCUGUGUGACUGCCCUCUUCCUAACCCAGAGAUGAGCUUCCACCUGUGGACAGAGGAUCUGGAUAUUUGGCACGAGCUGACCAAGUGGUUCCGACCCAGGUCCGCCUCAGAGAAUUUCUCCGUCAGCCAGGAGCAGGAGGACUUCGAGCUGCAGGAACCGCUCGGCGACCUGAUGCUGUCAGAUACCCCUCGGUUCUCGGUUCUGUCCAACGACAGCGGCAUCGAAAAGGAUCUGCCCCCCGGCACUGAUCCGUCCCAGUCGUCAUCCUCGGACGCUGCAGACAUGAGUACAUCAUGCGAGCAAUACAAAACCGAGCAAGACUCGACGACGCUGUCGCGGCGCGGAGGCAUCAAGAUGAAGCCAUCCGUAAAGGACGGCAUGAUGCUGAUGCAGGACUCGCUGGGCGACCAUACGAGCCUCAGAGGAGGAGGGGGAGAAGGUGGAAGAAGACGAGGGGCCACCCUGCAGAGGCGCGCAGGAAGUAACGCAAUGCAGAAUCCCUUCCCCAAGCAGCAGAGGCACUUCACCGCCAGGAUAGUCGCCAUGGGGGACGACAGGGUGCUGGGUCGCCUGGCCAUGGCCUACUACUUGUUGAGGAAAAGGGAAGCGCGGAGGCUUUUUCUUACAAUGAAAGUCAACCUCCAGUUCUACUACAUCCCCGUUUGCACGGCUCGAACUCCCAUCUCCUCAGUCAAGGAAAACCUCCAUCCAUCCAGUGGGGAUCCCUGCUCUCUUGGUUCCUACUUGAGCAACGUGGACCCGUGGUACAACUGCAACAUCAGGAGUUUGGGCUGCACGAUUCCCAAGCUGGCCAAGAUGCAAAGAGAAAACCCUGGAAGGCCAAAAGAUCCCUUCAUCUCAGAUGUCAUUUCCUACUACGUCCGCAGCGGCCAGCAGCCUGUCUACUUCACCAUCUACUUUGUUAAGAUCACAUUCCCACAAGAUGUGGGAAAGAAUUCUGAGGAAACGGUGUUCCUGACACAUCUGGAGGUGGACUUUCCUGAAUUCAGACAGAUCUCAGCAUCAGUUAGAGAUAAACAGAAGAAGAGUUCAGGGGAAGUAUGCGGCGCCGUCGUGUCAAUGAAUUACACAAAGGUGACGCUGAGCGGCCGAGACAUUGAUAAAGGAAUAUCGGUCAGGAUGACAGGAGCUCAGAUCAGCGCCAUUCCUUCCAGCAAAGCAGAAGAUCUCAACUGUUUGACACUGACAUUAAAUGAAUCCCCAACAAAAACUAAAAACAACGUCGUGGAGUCGAAGAUUCGGACCAGCAAGAUUAAGAUUCGCUCUCUGGAGUCUCGAUGUUUCACAGUGACACUGGACAAAGAUUGUCGCAGAACCUACAAAAAUGUGCAGAGCAUCGAGAUCACCCCUUGUCUGGACCCCGGAUACUGCGUGCAGAAGAGCAUGUCCAAAUAUAAGCUGGGAGACGACAAAGACGCCGGACUGAGCAAAUACAUGUGCAAAGGACUUCCUCUACCAAUCAACACGUUUGCCGGCAUCAUCAACUGAGAUGGCAGGAAUGGAAGGACAUCGUCUUACAGGAGUCUGAUCUGACACAUGAAAACACCGUUGACCUAUAACGAGCUGCUUCUGAAACCAAAAAGCUUCUGUUGGGACUGACUGGCACGCAUGGAAAAAAAGACUUCAACCUCAAAGCGACACAUACAGCGCUAGUGUCACUAAUGGAAUAACCCGUGGGCUGACCAAACAGUGACGGGAACAAAAAAACAAAGUGUUACGCUGCAGGUUAUGCUUGAACUUUAACAGUGUUUGCCUGCUGUCAAUACUGUGAGACAGCAUCUGAAAACUGGAAUAAUGCCAAAGAACAACAGUACCUUUGACACUGCGUAGACCAGCAGGGGAAGUAAGCAAAGGUGUGAACCUCCAUCCAUGGAAGACUUCAGGACUGCUGACAUGUGGAUCAGUGAUCAUGUGACAUUAUAAGAUUAAAAUCUGGUAAAUUCACUCCACAAAGUGAAUCAGGUUUAAAGGGUUGAUUUUAACAGUUACUCUACUUCAAAGACACACUACUUUUUUUGUACUACCCUCUUUGGCACACACACACACACACACACACACACACACACACACACACACACACACAGACAUACAACCUCACUUGACCAGCCAGCUACUGAGACACGUUUGAAGAACUGGUACGAUGACAACUGACAUUCACUGUUGCACUUGCCUCAAGUCAACUCAAGUAACUCGUUAUUCCUGUACCUGUUACAUAAAAUAAGCUGAUGCAAUAUGAAGACAGUGAUUGACGUUAGCUUGGAUUUAGUCAUCGAGAACAUUCCAGAACCUUGCGGGAACCGCGCUAUGCACAGCGUACACAUUAUGUGUGAUGUCAGGAAUUUAGACAGAGUCACAGAAAGUAGCUGUUAGACUCGUUAGACUGCCGACUGAUCGUCUCCAGAGUCGCCAGAGGUGUGAGGUUGUGGGCUGUUGGUGAUUGGUGAUUGCAACAGAGUAACUUGAGGGCAGUUGAAAGUGAAAGUUGCACAUAUGUCAGUAAACAUCUCAAACGCGUCGGCUUUGAGGUGUGAAAAUCACCUCUGAUGCUCGUCCGCUGGCCGCGUCGCGUUUCGUGGAUGUAAAGUGUGUUAAAGUGGGUCUAUUUGCACUAAAGCACGUGUUGCAUUGUCAGAGAGAAGCAUGUGACACGACUGAUGACCACAUGUGUGAUAAUGUUAUCACUGUAUGUGGCUUAUUUCUGGAACCAUCCGCAUGACAUACAGUCAUCAUAUGAUAUUCUCUGAGCUAUAGAGGGCUGAUCAGGAUCUGACACAUCUAUUAGUUCAGCUGUUUUUAUACAUCUGUGUUGUUCUGUUACACGCCCAGCUUGUUCUCGAUGAGUCCCUACAGGUGUGAUGUGAAGGUAUCAGCCUCAGGAACAGGAAGUGACGUGUGUGUGAGUAUGUGAGUGUGUGUGUUGGCCUGCCAGGGUGAAAUCAUGGGUGUGAAACUCAUGCUGUAUUUUGCACAUUCUUGUCUUUAGCGUCAUAUAUAUGUAAUCAUAAAUGCAAUUUUGUAAAUAAAUGAUUUUGUUUUGUAAAA